AUGGACGAACGGGCACUAGCAGCUUGCCGGGAUGAGAUUUCGCGGGACUUGAACCUUCUCUCUGAUUCUUUGCCUCCGCGAUUUGCUAAAGUCAUGCUUCGGCUUUGCAAAGAUGUUGACGGAUUGUUUUCCUCUUCAUAUCCUCUUGUUAUUACCCACGAUGACCUCUGCGAGAUGAAUGUGCUCGUUGACCCCUCAACGGGCCAUAUUACUGGAAUCAUUGACUGGGUUGACGCCAAAUUCCGACCAUUUGGUUUAGCUCUGUGGGGCGUGGAGAAUGUCUUGGGCCACAUGGACAGCGAGGGCUGGCAUUACUGUAGCAACCACGAGCAGUUGAGAAAGCUUUUCUGGAAGACUUUCGAGAGUGAAGUAGGAACUGAAGACGUCACGACAGAGCUCAAGGAGAAGAUGGAGUUGGCUAGGUUAAUGGGUAUUGCCUUGCGAUAUGGCUUUGUGUGGGAUAUUGCAACCGGGAAGAAGAGGCCUGCUUUGAGUAGUGACUCGUCGUUCAAGUAUCUCGAUGCUUUUAUGGAGACGGAUGAUGGCUGUGCUUAUGCCAACAAGGGGCACUAG